AACACUGUGUCCUUUAGAGGAGCUGGAAGAUAAACACCGGAAUACUCGGUGUGAAAUGGACGACCUGGAAUAACCGCUGGAGCGAUAGGAGGAUCUAAAACCCCGAGAAUCCUCCAUGAGAGAGCGGAUUAACGCCAUGACCAUCGCCUGAGAUCACCAGGUCAUCUGCUGUGGCUCUGUAAGGUGGUCAGGAUGACUGAGGGUCCUGCAGGUGCUUCCUCUCCCUCCAUCACUCCGGUGCAGCAGAUGGUGGCCUCCAGCGCCGGAGCGUUACUGACCGCCCUGUUCGUAACGCCGCUGGAUGUGGUGAAGAUCAGACUGCAGUCGCAGCAGACUCCGCCCUACAAAGCAUUAGGGUUGGAUUCUCGUGUGUGGAAGAGAAAGUCUCGUCUGCCAAAGUGGAAGUGUUUUCUCUACUGUAACGGACUGAUGGACCACAUCUAUGUCUGCCAGAACACCACGGCCUGCAGCAGCUGGUACAAAACACCCACACACUUCAGUGGGACAGUGGAUGCGUUUGUGAAGAUCACUCGCUCUGAGGGGCUGCGCUCUCUGUGGAGCGGUCUUCCUCCUACACUUGUGAUGGCCGUUCCCACUACAGUCAUCUACUUCACCUGCUAUGACCAGCUCAAGGACUUCCUGUGUUAUGGCAUCGGUUACCAUAGCAACUACGUGUCCAUCAUCGCCGGGGGUCUGUCGAGACUGGGUGCGGUCACAGUCAUCACCCCACUGGAGUUGGUGCGCACUAAGAUGCAGUCUCGGCGUGUGUCGUACAGCGAGCUGCGAGUGUGUAUCAGAUCGGCCGUGACUCAGAGCGGCGUGCUCUCGCUGUGGAGGGGGUGGGGACCCACCGUGCUCAGAGACGUCCCCUUCUCUGCCAUGUACUGGUUUAACUACGAGCUGAUGAAAGCAGAGCUUUGUGAGAGAUACAGAACACCGCAGGCUUCUUUCGCCAUCAGCUUCGCUGCUGGAGCCUUUUCUGGAGCUAUCGCUGCGAUCACGACGCUGCCGUUCGAUGUGGUGAAAACACGCCGGCAGAUUGAGCUGGGAGAAAUGGAGAUCAUCGGAGCUCCUCUGAAGAAGCCUUCAUCCACAUGGCUCAUAAUGAAGAAUAUCUGGACUGACGCCGGAUACCGAGGCCUGUUUGCAGGUUUCCUGCCUCGGGUCAUUAAAGUGGCUCCAGCGUGCGCCAUCAUGAUCAGCACCUACGAGUUCGGGAAGGCUUUUUUCCGCCAGCACAACGAGGAGCAGCGAGGUGGCUGAGUUGAGCCGAUCGUCAUCACGGAGCUGCAUGAUCACCUGCCUUUAGCUCGGCCUUGGCAUGCUUCCUGUUCUUAUCUCCACAGGUUCUGGGCAGCAGGGCUGAGGCUCUCGGGUUCCGUUCGAUAACGCUGCGCACGCGUUAUUUAUUUAUUUCCCUGAGAUGAGACGUAACUGCAUUGCAGUAAGACUGCAGCACCCUGGAGCCGCACCGGAGCAUGCUGGGAAAUCCGUUAUCCUCGCCUUUAUGCAUGCACUGGUGCUUUGAGGGAAUAUUAUUUUCAGAGGAAGAAGUAAUCCGGGCUGUGAAAUGGUUCCUGGUUCCAUGUGGGCUUCAUGUACUGUACAUCACGUCUGAGGGAGCAGACGAGGAGACGCUGUUCAUACACUGCCCCCUAGUGUUCAAUCUAAAUUCUGUCAGGUUUCUGGGAGAAUAGGGUUUGAAUAGUUUAUAGCACAGUUCGGCAGUCUUUGUGCUCUUGUCAGUUUUUCCCUAAUGAUUUAGCUGUGCACAUCUGUAAGGUCAUCCCGGUCAUCUGCUGUUUCACCAAAUGGAAAGAAAAUCCUAAAUUAAGAAUGUUACUCAAACAGCAUUGGUUUAAGAAAAGCAAAUUUUGCUCUGAUUUAAUUUGCCUGUUUUUCCUCCACUUAUAAGCAGCCUUGUCUGGCUGCAGUGCCUUCUGGGUAAUUCCCAUCCCUGAAGUCUACACUGAAGUCAACUCACUUUUAAAGCUGUUCGUUUCCCCACAUGCAGUUCAUGUGUUAUCAGAAACCUUUUUUGGACAAGAUGUUGAUGCAGAUAUUCUGUUUUUUUCUUUGGAAUAACACGGAUGCUAAGAUGCUAACGUUACAAUCCUGUUGUUUAAAGAUUCAGUAAACCGAUCCGGAUCUGUCAGAACCGGUCCAGCUUCACUUGAACUGAUGACGAGUUUAGAUGGAUUUAAAUUUAGAUUAUUCAUACAGUGAUUUUUUUUUUCUGCUAAUUUUCCUGAAGAACGUUUAUUUAAAACAUGACAAAAGUAAAAAAAACAAACUUUUUCUUUGAACCUAUAACCUAAGUUUUUUGGAACUACAGUACGGAACUACAGUACGUAAUUUUAUCCCCCUUAGGAAAAAAGAAAUGCUUUUUAUUUUGUGUGAAUCUUCUUAGGGAAUUCGUAUACUCGCUAGCCGGAACUAGCGCAAGCUACCUGAUGACACUGAGAUUUGUUUUACUGCAGAAACAAUAAACACGUUCUCCAGGGUAAAGACCGUGUUUUUUUUAGCUCUCUGAUGAUUUCAUUUGCACGCAUCUGAAAAGGAGAAAGAUUUUAGCCCAUGAUGUGCAUUUUAGAAAGCAAAUAAAGCGGGUCUGACCCUCGGCUCAA